CAGGCAAAAAUUAAGGCACUUCUCAACUGGCGAGGAACCGAUUUUAUUUUAGGCGGGCGUCGAAGAAAGGACCUUCGAUUCAGUAGUGAUAUUUUCGCGUAAAAUACUUGGCUACCUUCGUCAAACAAAUAAAAACCAAAAACCAGGGGAAGUGAUUUGAAUUGAAGAGAGGCAAAUAUGCUGCAUGAAUUGCUGUUAGCACUGGUGGGAUGUACUGGGGAUUUCAUCAUAGAUGGAAGAGAAGAAGAACAAAGUACAGCGUCCUCUCAAUCCCUGGAUGAAGUUGCUGAAGAAUGCACAUUCAAGCUAGCCCCUGAUCUCACCUUCCUCCAAAACUCCGAGAGGGAAAUUUUGGAACGACUUCUUCGCCUGGGGUUUUUCUAUCGUGAACUGGACCGCUUUGCUGUAAAAUCACGCAAUCUUAGCUGGAUAACUUGUGCAAACCAUGAUUUUCAAAUACAAGAUCCAGUUGUAAUGAAAGGGAAAAAGAGACCAAGUGUUUAUCGCAGAGCUCUUGCAAAUGGCAUCUCUGAGGUGUUGUCAAUUUAUAGGUCUGCAGUUUUACAAGUGGAACAGAAUUUCUUGGCUGAUCCUGUGCCAGUGUUGGCUAGUGUAACACAGGGACUGAACAAGUUUGAAGUAUUGCUGCCACCACUUCAUUCCUUUAUCUUGGAAGUUGAGCGAGAAGAUGUUCGAGGAGGACGCCUAUUGAAUUUACUCCACAAGAAAUGUCACUGUGGGGUGCCGGAGUUACAAGCAUGCAUGCAGAGACUUCUUUGGCAUGGACAUCAGGUUAUGUAUCGACAACUGGCAGCUUGGAUGGUCUACGGUAUCCUUCAAGAUCAGCAUGAAGAAUUUUUUAUAAGCAGACAGCAUGGUGGGGAUUCAGAUGCUGUUGAUAAGUCAACCGAAGAUGCACAUUUGGCAGAUUGGCAUACAGGGUUUCAUGUUUCCUUGGAGAUGAAACCUGAUUACAUUCAAAUGCAAGUUGCGGAGUCCAUCCUUUUUGUAGGAAAGGCAAUUAGAGUUCUGCGCAAUCCAAGCCCAUCAUUUCGAAGCCAGGAUUUGGGAUCUCAUCAACAGGGCUCAAAAACUUCAAACAAAAUGUCUGCAACAACAGGAGGUUUUCCUUUACAAAAGGAUUCUUUAUUGGCAGUGAAGCCUUUAAAUGAUACCAAACUUCUUCCACAAUCUGAAGCUGAUAAAAUUGCUGCAAUGCUCCAAGAGUUGAAGGAUUUGCCUGAAUUCCACAAGCGCUCAUUUGAAUAUGCUGUUGAUUCUAUUCGAACUAUUGCAGCUGCACAUCUUUGGCAGCUUGUUGUUGUACAUGCUGACCUAAAUGGUCACUUGAAAGCACUCAAAGACUACUUCCUCUUGGCAAAAGGAGAUUUCUUUCAGUGUUUUCUUGAGGAGAGUCGUUCUUUGAUGCGUUUGCCGCCUCGUCCAGGAAGUGCUGAGACAGACCUUAAAGUUCCUUUCCAACAGGCUGCAGUUAAAACUAUUGGAGAUGAUGAUAGAUACUUUUCAAGGGUGUCAUUGAGGAUGCCAUUAUUAGAAAGUGUAACAUCAACCUCCAAGGGAGAUAUAUCAAAACUGAGAGCUAGUGGUGAUGGAAAUUCUAUUAGCUUAUCUAAUAUCUAUGGAAAUUCCACAGCAGGUGCAUCAUUAGAUGGUUGGGAUGGUAUUGCACUGGAAUAUAGUGUUGAUUGGCCACUGCAGCUGCUUUUUACUCGAGAAGUACUUGCCAAGUAUUGUAAAGUCUUUCAGUAUUUGAUACGGCUAAAGCGGAUUCAAUUGGAACUGGAGAAAUCAUGGGCAGAAGCAAUGCAACAAGACCAUGCAGAUUCUGCUCUUGAACGUAAAGAUCGUACAAACAGAUUGGUUUCCCAGCAACGUCGACAACAGCGCAUGCCAAUGUGGCGUGUUCGACAACAUAUGACUUACUUGAUUACUAAUUUGCAGUUCUACAUACAGGUUGAUGUAAUUGAAUCUCAGUGGAAUCUUUUGCAAGAACGUGUUGAAACUUCCAAGGAUUUUACUGAACUUACAAAAUAUCACCAAGAGUACUUAUCAGCUUUGAUUUCUCAAUCAUUUCUGGAUAUUGGAUCGGUAUCAAGAAUUUUGGACAGCAUCAUAAAGUUAUGUUUGCAGCUUUGUCGAUUAAUUGAACAAUAUGAAGGCAAUCCAAACACAGCAGAAUUGGAGCAGAUCACUGAGGAAUUCAACAAGAAAUCAAAUUCAUUAUAUACAAUCCUCCGGAGCAGCAAGCUUGCUGGAAGCCAGCGAGCACCCUUCUUGAGACAAUUCUUGCUCCGUUUAAAUUACAACUCUUUCUUUGAGGCUACAGCAAGAGGUGCACUAAAUGUUGUGAGACCGCGUCCAAGUUUGUCUGCAGGACAUUGAGAUCAACCAGGCCUCUGCUAAAUGGAGACCUUUUAUGCAAGUAGCCCUUCGCUUAUGUUUUUGGGGGAGUGCCAUUGCAACUUGUACUAGCAAAAUGUCUUGUUCAUGUGUCUCUUGCAGAGAUUUUUUCCUUUUCAUAAGGUACUUCGUUUUGAAGGUCAAUGCCAGCAAUCCUCGCUUAUUGAAAGGAAAUAAUCUAGAUGAUAUACAUAUGAUGAUAUUUUCUAUGCAAAAGAAGAUUGAUCAUAUCCUUUAGUUGGCCAAUUGCUUAGCUUAAAAUCUAAAUGCUUAGCCAAUUGAUCAUAUCCCUUAAUUGGCCAAUUGGAGGCUAGAAAUGGCUGUUGUAUGUGGUGUCUAUAGAUGUAUAUGUGCACUUAUUUUUGUCAUUCUUUCAUCAAUUUAAAUGUAACCGCAUCAUACUUUUAUUCAUGGUAAAAGAAGUGGUAACUAAGCUUAAAAUUUCUUA